AUGGCCUCUCAUCAGCCAUUCCAGCCAUCGCUGAGCGACGUCUUGGUCGUGCGCGCCAUGCUCGCUCAGGCAGUGAUUCUGCCCGAGCUUGUGGGAACGAUCCUCGACUAUGCCGAGUAUUGGGUUCGGUCCUGCUCCAAAGCCCAUUUGGAUGAACGAGUCUUCGCACUCCGCGUUGGUGAUGGCGAGUCCGAUUAUGAAGGAUCGAAAUUUCUGCUACGAUCAUUCCCCGUUGGGCUGACAGAGAAUGCCAUACACGGGGAAGAAGACGGCGAUGGAAAUCGAGACGACAGCCACAGUGGCAGUAGUGGCUUUGACGGGCAUCCAUACCAGAGACAUGUUAUCCCCCCUAUUCCCCUUGGCAAGGCAUGCGACCGCGAAUACUUUCAGAAUCUCAUCAGAAACACCUCCACGCAGCCUCACCCCGUGCGGAAGAUUGUCUUCCGCAUCGUCAGCUGCGACCAAGGAUGGACAACAGACGACCCGUCGCCAGGCCCCUUUAUCGGUGCAAAGACAUGGUUCGACGCAGGUAUCGAGAGAUUUGACGCCAGCCACAGCUGCGACCAAUGCACAGACAUGACAAGACUCCCCCUCUGCAAGCUCCGGACAAUCGAGCCCGAAAUCGUAAAAGUAACGAGGGAUGAUGGAAGCUCGGGAGACCACUACAAAAGAACGCCCUGGCAAGGUCCUAGAGAAAUCCAGCGCAAUGCCAGGGCCGUUGGGUACCCGAGGACCUACGUCACGACCUGGACUUGCUGGGACGUCUAUGCACCGGAUUCAGAUGAGGCGCGCAAGAUGAUGGAGGAGGAGGGAAAGGGGAAGAUGAACGGCGACGGAUCGUUUGUGAGGAGUCUUGAGCUUGGGGAUGUGGUUACGGUGUGGGGGAGGGCGAUGCAUCGGAUGUGGUCUAAUUCGGUUGAAUCUGUUGAGAUUGAGGUCUACUGGGCGAUGUAG